GUGUACUUCGCAUUCAACCUCCGACUAUCGCCAAAUCACCAUCCUCAACGUCACAGACAACGAGACAUCAAAUUCACAAUGUCUACCUCUCCCGAGCUCGCUUCGUCCUACGCGGCGCUUAUUCUCGCCGACGAUGGCAUCGAGGUCACCGCCGACAAGCUCCAGACCCUGAUCAAGGCUGCCAAGAUCGAGGAUGUCGAGCCCAUCUGGACCUCCAUCUUCGCCAAGGCUCUCGAGGGCAAGGACAUCAAGGAGCUCCUGACCAACGUCGGCUCCGGAGGUGCCGCUGCUGGCCCCUCUGCCGGUGGCGCUGCCGCUGGUGGCGCUGCUGAGGCCGAGCCCGCCGCCGAGGAGAAGAAGGAGGAGGAGAAGGACGAGUCGGACGACGACAUGGGCUUCGGUCUCUUCGACUAAACAGUUUCACCAAAUAAACGAAACAUCCUUCUCGACGACACUUUCCCACCCGCGACGGCUUUUAUCCUCCCGCAAAAACAUCGUUUUCCUUUGUAUUCCACGGCAUGGCUUUGAAGGUGCCCGCACGCGCGGUGUUUUGACUUUUAAUCGAUCAAGACAGCAUGGGAAGAGGGCGGUGUUCACAACUGCGAUUUACCACUGUGCAAUGAUGCGACGAGGGCCUUCACGACGGAGUUUACCCGGGGACGGGGUCAAAUUCAAGGACUUUGAAAAGUUACGACUGGUUAUCGUGU